UGUUGCCACUUGUUGUGCCACCAACAUUACAUGCCCAUCCAAACAAAACAGACUGUAAGUCUGUUCAUACCCAAAGCCACUCACACUAAUCUUGCAGUCUUGGUUCUGUAAGAAAAUGAGGGGUUUCUCUUACUUCAUCAAACAUUUUCAUGGCUCCCCUUCUUCUUCCAAGCUCUUGAUCCUCCUCUCCAUCAGUGGUGGAGGCCUUGUAGCAUAUGCAGACUCCCCAGUUGAUAGUAGAAGCAACUACUCAAAAUCCACAAAUGUUGAACCAAAGAAAAAAAGGAUUCUGGUUCUUGGAACUGGGUGGGCAGGUACAAGUUUCCUGAAGGACCUAGAUAUCUCAUCAUAUGACGUUCAGGUGGUUUCACCUCGAAAUUAUUUUGCAUUUACUCCUUUGUUACCGAGUGUGACAUGUGGGACAGUUGAGGCACGAAGCAUUGUAGAGCCUGUCAGGAACAUAAUAAAAAAGAGAAAUGGAGAGAUCAAAUACUGGGAAGCUGAAUGCCUCAAGAUUGAUCCAGCAAGCAAGAAAGUUUUCUGCAAAGCAAAUCUAGAUGAGGCCUUAGUUGGAAGUAAUUAUUUUUCGCUGAAUUAUGACUAUUUGGUUAUAGCAUUAGGAGCACGAGUAAAUACUUUUAACACUCCCGGAGUUUUGGAGUUUUGCCAUUUUAUCAAGGAGGUUGAAGAUGCUCAAAAGAUUCGCAUAACUGUAAUAGAUAGGUUUGAGAAGGCGGUCCUUCCAGAUCUGACUGAAGAAGAGCGAAGGAUUAACCUCCACUUUGUAAUAGUUGGAGGGGGUCCAACUGGUUGUGAGUUUGCAGCAGAACUGCAUGACUUUAUCUACGAAGAUCUGGUAAAAUUAUAUCCCAGUGUAAAAGAUCUGAUAAAAAUAACACUGAUUCAGUCUGGAGAUCAUAUCUUAAACACGUUUGAUGAAAGAAUCAGCACGUUUGCUGAGCAGAAAUUUCGCAGAGAUGGGAUUGAAGUUUUAACAGGAUGUCGUGUUUUAAGUGUUACUGAAUCAUCAAUCAACAUUAAACAUAAAUCCACAAAGGAGCUAAGCUCUGUAUCUCAUGGAAUGGUUGUCUGGUCAACUGGUGUGGGGACUCGCCCAGUUGUAAUGGACUUCAUGGAAAAAGUUGGCCAGACUGAUAGACGGGCUUUAGCUACUGAUGAAUGGUUGCGGGUAAAAGGAUGUGAAGACGUAUACGCUCUUGGUGAUUGUGCCACCAUUGAUCAACGUAAAAUUAUGGAAGAUAUUAGUAGCAUAUUUAAAGCUGCCGAUGUCGAUAACUCUGGUACACUAACCAUUGAAGAAUUCAGACAAGUAAUGGAAGACAUGAUCAUUCGUUAUCCUCAACUUGAUCUGUAUUGCAAGAGCAAACAUCUUUUGGAGUUAACAGACAUUUUCAAAGAUUCUAAAGGAAACGUCAGAGCGGAAGUUGACCUGAAAGGGUUUAGACGAGCACUUGCACAUGUUGAUUCCCAAACAAAGAGUCUCCCUGCAACUGCUCAGGUUGCUGCUCAGCAAGGUGCUUACCUUUCUAGAUGUUUCAAUCGCUGGGAUCGAUGCAAAUCCAAUCCAGAGGGCCCUCUCCUCUUUGAUAAAUCUGGACGUCAUGAAUUUCGUCCUUUUCUGUACAAACACCUUGGCCAAUUUGCACCGUUGGGAGGUGAACAGGCAGCAGCAGAACUGCCAGGGGACUGGGUGUCUAUGGGUCGUAGCACUCAAUGGCUCUGGUAUUCUGUAUAUUUAAGCAAGCAAGUGAGCUGGCGCACAAGGGUACUAGUCGUAUCCGACUGGACAAGGAGAUACGUCUUUGGGAGAGACUCGAGUCGUGUUUGAGACAUUAACUUUAUGGUAGUGCCAGCACGACGGCCAAAUAAUGCUGGUCAGUGGGUUAGUUGUCAGUCCAGAAACACGUCUAUGUAUAUCUGCCAAUUAUGUGGGCUUCUCUGCAUGGUUUACUAGGUUUUCUCCUACAUAUGAUGGCAAGCUUUUAGGUUGCAGUGUUUUUUUUUUGUUCAGAAAACUUGUUCAGUUAUAUUUCUCAUGAACUAAUGAUCUUCUCCAUGAAACGAGUUGCCUUGUCAAAUUCGGGGUGAUUCUUUAGAUGUUGUCUAGAAGUAUCAAGGAAUCGAUGAACAUAUUCAUUCAGCUGCAAUCCUAUUGGAAUUAGCAAUUAUUUGGUAAA